AAGAAAAACAAUCCAUUGGAACCUUUUCUGAUAUACCUAUUACUAUAGAUAUUGGAAAUAAUACUUUAACAAUUUCAGAUGAGUUUUCAGUUUUACCAACAGAAAAAGAUAGCAAUGGUAAGGAUAUAUCAUUAUUUAUUCUUGGUACUAGAUGGCAGCAUCAGGCAGGCUGGGAGCCUAUAGUAAAGGGUGAGUUUACCGCAUCAGUUAAUGGAAAAACUAUUACUAUUUCACUUUCAGUUUAUAAUAGUGGAUGA